UGUUUUACGUACAUUUUAAAUUUGAAUUACUUCAUGAUUCACAAAUGCACAAGAGUUAUUUAGUGUUAAUAUCUCGCAAAACCAGUAAUAUUAAGUCUUCACAUGACACAUGUCACAUAGAGGGCGUUCCAAGCCCUGUCACACCGAGGCCUGCUGAACAAGUGCAUGUAAACAGCGGCCUCAGUUUAUGUGAUCGCUCUAAGCUUGUUGACUCCAGUACCUACCAAUUUAAAUUGUAUAUUACAGUUGUAGCCAUCGACGCAUCCAAGCCAGCAGGGUCGAGCACCAACUUGCCAAUCUCUGCCAUGUCCGGACCUGUAGCAACCUCACCUGCCAUCCUGUCAAGACCUGCAGUGACCUCUAGACCUGCGGUGGUAACAACCUCCAGCAUGUCUGAACCAGUAGUGGCCACGUGGGAUCUGGUAGUGCACAUAGCCCAUUUGCUGGAGCAGGACAAGGAGCUGCUGUUGUCCAUCCCAUUCAUUGAUUUUUGUGAUGAGGACGUACGAUCUGCCCCCAAUACUUCGAAUGCUGUCACUGGUAGUGGUCCUAAACAACAACAAGAUGGAGGUUAGUACUGGUCACCAACAUAUGACCCAUCCCACCAGAACAUCCCUGUGAUAGUGCAACCACAGAAUGCAGAUACUGUAGAUAAGAAGGCGUCGAGUGCACCUAUGCUUUUCAUCUCCACAUACAAUUUAACUCCCAGUGGAUCGCAACAUGUGAACAUUGCUAUAGAAGCACAUCAUGUCUGGGACUUGCAAGCGAGAACAGAGAUUGAAAAUGUGUCAAAAUGUGUUAAAGUGCCAAUUCCCAACUUCUACUGGGAUGAAAUAUGUUGUGCAGAGUGCUACAUCAUUCAGGAGAUGAUUACAGAGUAUUAUCCACUUCUUUCUCUCCCAAACAUUGGCCUUACUGGUGUGAUACUUUCUAUUACAACUGUGUUUGAUGACUGUGCAUUUUGUGUGAAACCGGAUGACAACUGUGUUUAUCUAAGGCAUGCCUCAGUUAUGAAGUUAUAUGAUCUGGACACUGCCAUAUGUCUUGCACUGGAGAGACUGAACCGUUGUUUGCCUAUCAUAGACUCUGCAUGCAAUGAUGUUGUAAACUCUCUACGUGCAUAGUGUACAUGUUGGCAUGUUGAUGAUUUGAAGCAGCACAUUUGUUUGCGCAUGAACGCUGAACCGAAAGAGAAACAGAUUAAAUGUGUGUGUGAAAAACCUGAGUACUUUGAGGCAUAUCUAUUGGCUUGAGGGAGAUAUGCGCUGAAUUUAUUGCAUGUCAAAAAGCUUUAUUUGGCAAAUACUGUACAGGUGCAAAGGAGA